AUGGAGCGCAGUCGCGGCGUCCCUGACGCCGAGCUAUUCCUUCACAAGCCUGCCGAGGAAGAUUGCGACAGCCCAACGGUUGAGCCCUUGAGAAUAUUCAAACCUCAGAGUCCCAACCCGUCGAACGACCGCUUCAAGUACCCUGCUCCUCCGUCGGCCUCGGGCUCGUCCCCCUUCACAUCGAAGCCGACAUUCCCUCUGCCCCCGGGCGCCUCGAGCUCUGCCGCCCCUCUACCUUACCCCGACGAAGAAGACCUUCGGCCCGGGAAGCCAACCAAACCUACCAUCACCGCCCCGAAGCGCUUUGGCUCUGACUACAAUGAUAUCACCCCGCGGUUGAAUGCCAGUCCGGUCGAGACGAAAAGCCCUACCCUCGCUGAACGACGUGGCACCGGCCCGAGGCCACUGGGCGCUGCAUCUCCUCAGAGCCCAGCUGGUGAAGACGGUGGUCUUUUCGCGAAGCCCUUGACCGCGCCCCAGCCUCAGCGCCCGGCCGCUUCUACCACAAACUACCCCUCUUAUACCAAGAAACCCUACUACCCCCCGCCGGCCGGCGCAUCAAGCUCCACGCCGCCUGCCCAGAGCCAGUACCAGAGCCGACCACCCCAGAGCUCCGAUCAUCUCGACAUGCCGGGCCAGAACAGUGUGAACAGAUUCGCCUCUACUGCUUCGACCUCCACGACCCGCGCCAGCCGGGGAUCUCCACCCCCGCCAGAGACCCCGAUUGUGGAACCCGGGGUCAUCCCUGGUGGUAGCAUCGAGGCGCGGUAUGCCGCGUCCGGUAUCUCAGGCACAGCGACCUUGACCAGCCUCCAGGCGCAACAAGCACAGAGCGCCGCCGCCUCCCAGAGAUUAGCCCAGUAUGGCGGAGCACCACCCCCGGCGCGGCCGUGGACGCCCACCGAGAACCCGGAGAAUCAACCUCAUGGGCCGCCCACGGUAUACCAGGGGAUGAAUCCGGUGACUAGCCCUACACAGUCCACGUUCAGUCCUCCUCCUCAGCAGGCGACGAACCAAGCGGACCAGCCCGCUCUCCAGGUAAGCGUCCUCGAGCAGGACUACCAGCGGCUAGGCUUGAACGACCCUCCGCCGGCCUACUCGAGUGUCACCCCGCCAAGCAACUCGUCAUACCCUGCCGAGAAGCAGCGACCUGCUCAGCAAAGGGCUGAUUCAACGCCGUCCGUCGCCACUUCCGCUGCUCAACCACCUCUCAAGAAGCCUGCGACAGUCGGGCCUGCUGCGGCAGGUUUGGCGUCGCCUUCUCUCCAGGGUCAUCCGGCUUUCGCCAACGACCCGAGACCGGAGCAGAACGGACAGUCGUCAGCCGCACAGAGUGCCCCUGUUGUGCAAACUGUUCAGACGCCCGCGAGCUUCCAAGGCGCCGGCCCGUCAUCUCCACCCCCGUUACCAGAGGGCUGGAUUGCGCAUCUUGACCAGAACUCCGGACAGUACUACUAUAUCCACUUGGCGUCCCAGGCUACUCAGUGGGAGUUCCCCAAGGGUCCUAAUCCUAUGCAGCAUGAAGCUGCGCCCCUGUCGCCCACGACGUCAACCUACGGCAACCCUCUCGCAUCUCCCAUGUUUGGAAAACAGUCUCUUGGAUCCCCAAUGUUUCCUCCCCAGACGCCAGGUUAUGCCGAGAGCAUCAUGAGCGUUGCGGCGUCUCAGACGCCGACAACUGCUGGAUUUUCCGGGCCACCUCCGAGUGCCGGCGUCGAUAUGUACAGGAUCCAGCCAACAAACGGUGUCUACUUUGGCCCCUACUUGCGGUACUGUAAUAUGGACUUUGAAAAGGGCUCAUGGCUGGGAAGCAUCAUGAUCGUGACAGACGCUCCACAGCCGCCAACCAUCCACAUUCACCCGAGCAACGAUCUUUCGCCCAACCCGCGCCAGCUGACACCGCACAAUAUAUUCACACACCAGCGCUGGACGUUCUACAAGUACGACAUCGAUCUGCCCAUGAGCGAACAUGGAACUGAGAGAUGGACAUACGCCGUGACGUCGCAUCUGGGAUGUACGCGUUACGAGUUCGUCAUUGCCGGCCGCCAUGAAAUUGGAUGGAGGUUCGUUGCCCACUCGAACAACGACUUUGCUGCGUCAACGUCUCAGGCCGAGCGCUCGAAACUCGGCGGUGUCGGCUUCAUGUGGAAGGACGUGCUUCAAAAGAACGUCGACUGCGGCGGCUUCCACGUCCAGCUUGGCCUGGGCAACCAGAUCUACGGCGACAGGUUGUGGAAGGAAGUUCCGUUGCUGAAGCAGUGGCUGGCAAUGAGUGGCAGAGAUAACAGGAAGAACGCGCAAUGGACGGCGCGCCAUGAGGAGGAUGUCUCCCACGCCUACUUCCAUUACUACACCAGUCACUUUGACCAGCCUUACUUGCGAGAAGCUUUCGCUCAGAUCCCGCAUGUUUUGCAGGUUGAUGACCACGACAUUUUUGACGGCUACGGCUCGUACCCAGAGUACAUGCAAGGGUCCCAAAUGUUCAAGAACGUCGGCCGCAUCGCUGUCGAAAUGUACUUGCUCUUCCAACACCACACAACCGUGGAGAUUCUCCGAAACGUCAGCAACGACACGGACCUUUUCACCAUUACUGGCCAGGGCUGGCACUUUGUCAAGUAUCUUGGUCCUGCAGUGGUUGUUGUUGGACCUGACUGUAGAUCCGAGAGAAACCAAAGCCGCGUCAUGGCCGGUCCAACGUAUCAGGGCAUCUUUCCCAAGGUUGCGACGUUACCGCCUAGCGUACAACACUGCAUAUGGAUGGUGUCCGUGCCUCUCGUCUACCCGCGCCUCGAGGCAGUUGAGAGCUUAGCUGGCGCCGUUGCGACUGGCAAGAAGGUUGUCAACACGUCGUACAACCUGCUUGGCAAGGUCACGAGCUCGGUGGCCGGUGUCGUCGGCGGCAAGGACGUUGUGGCACAGGGUUUCACCCAGGUGAAGAAGGCUGUCGGAAAGUCGGGUCUCAUGGGCAACGUCCUCAACCAGUUUGGUGAGAUCGAUAUCGCCGAGAUCUUCAAGGACAUGUGGACGCAUGACUCUAAGGACCUGGAAAGGACUUACCUUAUCCGGACCCUUCAGGGCAUAUCUCAACAAAAGGGUAUUCGAAUGACGUUUUUGUCAGGAGACGUCAAUUGCGCGGGAGCGGGCCUGGUCCACGACCCGACACACCCCAGCGACCACAAGACAAUGUACCAGGUCAUCACGUCGCCCAUCGUCGCGCAGCCGGCGAGCAAUUACAUACUCAAGCUUCUUCACAACAACAAGAGCCUCUACGUACCUCAGAACGGGCACAAGUCCGGCCACGAGGUAUCGGACACCAAGGAAGACAUGAUGGAGAUCUUCCACACCGACGCUAGCGGCUCCUCGCGGGAGCUCAAGAAGCUCAUGGGGCGCAGGAACUACCUUGCGGUCGUUGCGUACGACCCCGAGGCCGUCCCCGGCCAGCAGCAGCAGCCGCAACAGCAGCAGCCGCAACAGCAACAGCAACAGGGCUUGCAGAAGCUGAGCCUGGCGGUUGACUUUGUGGUACAGGGAGAUGGUGCCUUCACGGCGCCAACAAAGUAUGGGCCGGUGAUUGUGCCCCAUCUGGAGUUUGGUCGGUAG